AUGACGCAGACCCCGAACGGCAAGUCUGCAGGAGGCGUCCUGCAAAUCCCGGUGGCUGCGACUCAAAAGAAUGCUUCUGCGACAACUAAAAAAGCUCCCAAGCCUCCAGCGCCGCGACUGAAGCUCAUCAUCAGACGGCUUCCGCCAGGGUUGACCAAAGCCGAAUUCGAGACAGCUCUCGGCCCCGAAUGGAAGACCGGAGCUGGAAAGGUCGAUUGGUUCCUCUACAAGCCGGGGAAAGUGUCCAAGGAUCCAGCCAAACCUUCUCGGCCCUCGCGAGCCUACAUCCACGUCGUUUCGAACGAUUAUUCUCUGCCGCUUUCCACUCAGGUUCGCCAAACGUCCUUCCAGGAUGCGCGCAACACUUUCAAUGACCCUGUGCUGCUGGGACCACCCUCGUUGGAGUUUGCGCCGUUCGCCAAGAUCCCCGGCAGUCGUUCGCGCAAGGAUGCUCGCCAGGGAACUAUUGAUCAGGAUCCCGAUUUCAUCGCCUUCCUCGAGAGUCUUACCCAGCCCAUAACGAAGCCAGCUGCAAUUGACUCGGCCGCCGAUGCGGAGGACAAGAAAGAUUCGGUGACAAUUACGCCCUUGGUUCAAUACAUCAAGGAUAAGAAGGCCAACAAAGCUAAGGAGUCCGGCAAGUCUUCCCGCCACAAGUCAGACAAGGAUUCGAAGUCGGAGAAGGUCCAGGCAAAGAAGCUGCUCCAACGGCCCGAUAAAGACUCUGCUCAGCCGGCCGCUGCAGAGAAGUCGGAUAGGAGGAGCAGGUCCGACAGAGCUACCAAGGAAGCUGUGAAGGUGGCGAACAAGCAGGCCGCUAGUGUCGCAUCCAAGCAGGCUGCAAAGUCGUCCGCCUCUAAGGACACUCCCAAGGACGCACCCCAGCCAUCAACCGAACGGAAGAGGGAACGUGGUAAUAUCUCUGCUGCUGCCAAGAUUCUCCAGCGCGAUCUUGGAUUAGCUCCAUCCGGCGGCCGUCGACGCGGCGGGAAGGGUGCCUCUGUGGAUUCCGACGCCGCGAAGAACGAACAAGUCAACGCCGCAACCCCCGAACCGCCAAAGAAGGAGGCUUCCAGCAGGUCGUCGAAGGGUGCCAAUUCUUCGCAGAACUCCAGGGGUCGAGAUCGUGGCCACGCUCAGCAACAACCCAACGAACCAUCGGAAGCGGGCACACCUCCCGUCAGCACAACCCCGAAACCUUCCAAGCCCGCCAAAGGAAAACAAGCAGCGGCCGGCCCGGCAGCCAGCGCCACCCAAGCCUUCCUGAAGCACGCCAACCCGUCCCAAGGUGUCACUGAGCCUUUGCUGGAAACUGCAUUCGCUACUUUUGGUAAAGUCCUGAAGGUUGAAAUCGACAAGAAGAAGGGCUUCGGCUAUGUCGAUUUCGCUGAGCCAGACGGACUCCAGAAAGCCAUUGCUGCAAGCCCCGUCACAGUCGCCCAGAGUCAGGUGGUUGUGUUGGAGAGAAAGGCAAACCCCGGCGGCGAGAAGGGUCGCGGAAAAGGUCGUGCGGGUGAAUCGCAGCAGUCUACUGCGGGAGGCAACGCCAAUAGCACCCGGGGCGAGAAGGCCACCGAGGGCAGAUCCGGAGGAAACUCAUCCCGAGGACCGCGUGGUGGUCGAGGCUCCAAGGGCAAAGGCGGCUCGAAGGGUAACGGCGGCGGCAAUGCGAAUACCAACGCCGGAAACACCUCUGAGAACAAGGGAAAUGCGGAUGGCAAGUAA